AUGCUGUCCUGGAGGAUGCUCCUUAUUGGGCUUUUCUACUGCUGCAUCAAAACAGGUGCAACACAGUAUCAAAGUAAAGCCCUGUUCCCAGCUACAAGCAGGAUACAAAGAGGUGUUGCAACUAUGGUGAACCCCACCUUCCACAAUUCAUUUGAUGAUGUUCAUCUAUUAUUUGAGAUCCUACUGGCUGGCAUACAUUUUGAGGCCAGUGGAAAGUUUUCAGUGAGAGAUGCAGAGUUGGCAUCCCUCCGAAAGACACAAAACCUGGAGGUCAUCUGUGAGGACAUCAUUCCCAGGAAGUUAACAGACAUAUUUACGCUAAUCUCUGAUCUUUCAAAUCACGGUCACCUGCAUCAGGAUGAUUUUGAGCGUACCCUGUUGACCUUGGUAUACACCACCCAGCAGGUGGUCAAUUCCACUACUGAACAGCAAAGAGAUGUUUGGGCAGAGUCUUUUGUUAGCUUGUACAAAGCUAUCAAACAGGAUUUGACAGGAACAAACUGA